AUGGCAGAAGCAUUGGUAUUACGCUUUCCCAUCUCGGGAACAGAAAAGGAUUACUUUCUCCUGAAUGUGUGCUCGAAUGGAUCGCGGCCGCUGGACCUCAAGCUAGUUGGGUCGGAAAGUACAGCUGUGUUCACGAUGAAAUUACGCCAUAAGAGGACCACUGACUACAAAGCCUCCAGUGGGCUUUGCUCUAAUGAAGAGUGGGAAGGGAUUCUGACUUCAACAUUUGUCGACCAGAAGCCUACACCGGAUAUUGAGAUCAGAGCUGAUAUUCCUCCGGAUCGCUCUUCGGUUUCUAUCUCUUUCCGAAAAAAUAUUCAGGGUAUUACGCAACGUCUUGGGUCCAUAAAGCUAGAAGAUGAUGAUAAGACCGAGAUUUCGCCCUUCGAUUGGUGUAUUUCAGCCAUAGGGGCUCGAGAGAAAGUAGAAGAGGAUCUCCUCGCUGCUAAUCACAAAAUCCAAUCCCUGGAAAAUUCCCUUGGCGAGCUCAAAGAUCAAUUAGAUGAACUUAUCAAGGCAAAAGAUGAUGACGAGACGCAGUUACUGGAGAAGUUCAGAGAUCUUAUAAAUGAGAAGAAGGUCAAGAUCCGGCAGCAGCAGCGCUUACUAGCAUCCGCUAGCGUCGACCCUGAAAAACUUGCAAAUGUUCAUGCCAACCAGAGCACACGAAAGCACGUACCAAAGCCAUCCCGUGCUUCAAAGCGGAAAGUUAAGGAAGAAGAAAGCAGUGAUGACGAGUUUGAGAAGAUGGAUGUCAAAGAGGAUGGGAACGGUAGUGCACAACCGGACAUGGAGGAAGAUCAAGGGGAUACCACAGCAGGCGAGACGGCAAGUGGAGCAGACACAGAUGAGGACCCAGCACCUCCGCCUAUAAAAUCUCAGAGAAACCAGGCUGCUGUACCGACGCGCAAUACUCGGGCAUCGGCAUCAGUAGAAGAAGACUCUGGGUCUGAGGGUUCGCAAGAGAAGAGUAAGCCUCUUCCACCGCCACGAAGGCUGCCCUUUAUGAAAAACCGGGGCCUUGCAGCUCCAACAUCUGAACGGAUUGAUGAAGACGAAACGGAGUCUGAUGAUGAGUUAUGA